AUGAUCGGUAAACUGGUUGUUUUAUUCGCUAUCCUAGCAUUGGCAUUUGCGAGACCUCAAUUGUACCCUGGUUAUAAUUAUGGCACAUAUUCCGCUGGAUACCCAGGAUAUUACGGUUACAACGGCUACAGCAGCCCUUACGCGUAUAAUGGAUAUGGGACGUACGGAGCAGCACCUUAUAAUAGCUUUGGCUAUGGAUACUAUUGA